AUGGCGCAGUGUGAGCUGCUUACAUCAGCUCCAGCAAGCUCAAGCCUUCGGCUGCGCCAGCUGCAGAAGAUUUGCGAGGCAGAAAAGUUGGAAGCCCUCAUUCUCAUUGCGGGCAUCGACAGCAACCACAAUGCGGCUUCCCUCCAGACCCUGCGCUACCUCUUCACCGCCGCAAGUGGGCGCGAGCUCGAGCGGGCGAGCCAAUGGGACGCCCUGUUUGAGGACGCCGUCCUUGUGGUCCACAAAAAUAGGGCGUCGCUCUACCUCUCCCGCCAAGGCUACAAAGAUCUCCUUCCAGCCUUGGGCCUCUGGCCGGGUCUUACUGUUCACUGUCCCACCGAAGAGGAGGAAAACGAUACGGACCUAUACGAAGAGCACAAGAUGAGAACGUUCCGGGAGAUGGUGGCGGGCCUCGAGAAAGGGGGGGUCGGUAUGGCCCUGGUGAAGGGGGGGGCCGCGAUGCAGGUCGAGGAGUGGCCGCUGAUACAGUCGUAUGCGCUGGACGAAACCGGCGGUCGCGGCUUCUUCACGAUGCGCCACGUGGUUGCUGACGUCACUCCCGCCCUCCGCGCCGCUUUCCACCGGCUGGACGCGCCCGCGACUUUGGGGCUCCUGCGCGGGGCAGUCCCGAUGCUCGCGCAGCACUGGCGGGAGAUGACGUCACUCUUGGACGCGGAGACGUCAGCGGGGCGCCUGCGGCUGACGGAGGCGCAGGUGCUCGAGCCGCUGCUGACGUACUACGAGUAUGGGCAGAUCAGGAGCGGAGACGAAAGAACGGCCACAGACCAUCUCCCCGCCGUCAAUUUCGGCGUCCACACCUCCCAGGCGUCCAAAAGCGCGCGCACAGAACGCGCGCACUCUGCCGAAGACUCCGGCCCGGACAAGGGCCCCGCCCUCCACUUCACCGUCGAAGCGACCGACCCGCGCACUUUCCUGCACUCCGCGCGGACGUACUUCUUCGGCAGCAGGGGGCAGAAUCGCCCGGGGGAAUACAACCCCGAGGAGGAAGACGACCAGGCUGAGUACGGCGGGGAUGAGGGCGAGGGCCCGGUACCAGAGGAAGUGGGUUCCAAGGAUGUGAAAUACCUGGUGCAACUCUAUGUGGCUCUCGUGGCGGCCUGCCGGGAGACGCUCGCGAAUGUAGCGAAGACCAGUACCUUCGACGAAGGCACCAUCAAACAGCUCCUCGCAAAGAACUUCCACCAGGCCCUUCCGCAACACCUGACUGACGUCACGUCCUCCGUAACCGACACCAUUUUGACGUCACUCCGGGUCGAGGCCUGGGUUGUCGAUCCGCUGGCCGGGAACCGCUCCGACGUCCGAACGGAAGGCCGGAACGUCCGAGUUCUGAAAGCGCGGAUCGCCGACGUUGCGAGCGUAAACAGUCCCGGAACGACUUUGGGCGACCUCCUCUUCGCGGAGAGCUUCAUCAGCGAGACCGCCGGAACAGAUUCCGCCGGAGGCGAUUCGGCUCUGGUCCUGACGGACGGCAUCCCGGCGCUUGCCACCUGGCUCGGCGCCGGAACCGAAGACGAAAGCUUCAGAGCUCAGCGGGACGAUUUGCAGCGAGCUAUGGGCGCCGUGGCUCCGCUUGGCGACGGUCCGGUCGCUUUUCCGUCCGCCGGAACGCCUCGCGGCGGAAUGACGCCCCGGGCCGGAACCCCGACCGGCGGCCGGGGCCCGCUGGCCCGCCUAGGGAUGCCGCUACAGGAGAUUGGGGAAGAUGCGCGGGUGGUGCUCGAGUGUGAAACGGCUCCCAGCGUGCUCGGAAAGUGGUACGCUUUCGAGUCAGGUUUGGUCUUUGAGGGCGACCGGUCGGGCCUGUUCAUAAUGGACUUCACGGCGGGUGACGUCAGCAGCGCUCACGUGCACCGGAAUGUAAAUGACCACUCGCCGGAGGCGCUGGUGUUCUGGUGUAAGGCGGAUAAGUGCCCCGUGGCCUCGUACGGGGUGUAUUCACACCUCGCUUUCCAGAAUGCUGGAGAGGAGACCGCAAGUCGCCAAGCCGCGAAUGGUGUGAACGGGCACGUCGAGAGCAACGGAGUUCCGGAGGCUCCCUUCAAAAGCAGCGGAACGAACGGAAGUAGCAUGGGAGUAAAAUCAGUGGCAGUUGCCUUCGAUCUGCUAGCGCUCACCCCGACCGCGCGCAAGCACUACACGCGGGAGAUCCUUCCGGUGUGGGAGGCCGUCUGGGAGCGGAACGGGAUCCGCUUCGGGCACGGAAUGGAGGUGCCGUUGCCGGCGCUGCUGGCGCACGAGGCACGCGAUCGCGCCGCAGGGUUUGGGGGUUUAGGCGGCGAUACGCUAUCGCUUGUUGGCCGCCGAAAGACCUUCACAGUUGCUUCCCCGGACCUUUCCGUAGCUGGUUAUCUGCAGGGGUUAAAGCUCCAGGACGCAGGUGUGAAAAGGCCCCCUGCCACCCCGGCAAAGCGCUCGGAAGCGCCGAUUUACAUUACAGUCAUAACGGGCACCCCGGGGAGCGGGAAGCACCUCCUGGCCGCCGAUCUGGCCUCAUCGAACGGCGAGCGGCGCUGGCACGUUAUUGACACCGCGGGCGUCGGCAGCCCGCUUUCCUUGGAUAGUGUCAAGUUAGAAAAAGAGCUAUCUCGUGUAUACCAGUCCGUUCGGGCCCCGGUGACGAGUAACGCCGAGCCUAAUAAGAGCCCCCGCGUUACCUUCGUCGGAGUCCCCGACCACGUCCUGGUGAUUUCCCCCGGGCUGGUGCCAGUCAGCCGGGUUAUGGAAAUUGUGGAGGGAACCGAAGCGGUAAAGACCGGUCGAUGUGAGGUGGCUUCUGUAACAGCGUGCGUCGAAGCGAAGUUGUUCUUUGAGGACGCCGCGAGAUGGAAACCCGCCCCAGGAGUUAUGGAACAGCUCACGGCGGGCCACGUGGACACGAUCUUCUUAAUGGACGCGGCCGCGGAAGAGCGCGACGCGGUGCGAACCUUCGUCCAAGCUGUCAACCCACUGGCUGCAGUCUUUCAGGUGACUCGGUCCACUCUUACCGAGUUCGCCGACCACGCAUUCGCGCCGCACGGGGCCACUCUUGACGCGCCACGUGGCGGCACCAGGUCGCUUCCCGGGUUCCAGCUCACCAAGGAGCUCGCGUCCGCGCUCGCGUUUAGUAAGGGUUCGGCGGAGGGUUUGGCGCCGCUGGCGUUUAUGGGCGGGGAUGAUUUGGAGGAUGUGGUCAUCAAAUGUACCGGGCAAAUAGAUGAAGAGGCGCUCAAGUGGGAGCUGGCAGGUCUCUUCUCCGAGACGUCCCUCUCAGAGCCCGCGUCGCCCCGCGCGGCCACGUCCCAGCCCCGCAACCCCCGCCUCUGCUGCGUCACGGGAGUCGUCACCACCGAGACCGGCGGCCGGGCCAAAGUGACGGCCACCAAGGCGACCGUCAGAGUGGAGCGCCUGGCAGACCCCGCUGAUGUCAUCAAGACGCCCGCGGAUGACGUCAGCAGGCCGCAGCCCGGCGCCGAGUUACACUUCGUGGGCGCCAAGCCCCUCGACCGGGGGCUGCUCCGGGGGGUCUUGCAGAGGAGCCAGGAGUCGGCGCCCUCCUUCAAGCAGGAGGCCCGCGUGGAGAGUUUGAGCCCGGGGGAGAUUACUGAACUAGAAGAGGCGCACUCGGGGGCGCCAUUGCCGCCCGGUUGGCACUUCGACGGCGCAUGGUAUGUGAACAGCUGGGGGGAGAAGUCGGCACAGCACCCGGAGAUGAAGAAGUGGAUUGAGGAGUAUUUGAGGAGUGAGAAUGAGCAAGUGGACAAGCAUAACGAAGGCGUGCGGUCGAGGAGGUCGGGCCUCGUUCCCAUACAGUUUGCGUGA